AUUCUACAGUUGCGUCUCUCAAAGUUUAGAUUUUUUCCGUAAAAAGAGGACGUGGCGCGUGAAGCUCAUUCGCUUUAAAACCCACCUAUUAGCUUCUCCUUCUUUCUAUCAGUUUUCACUUUUCAACAAUGGCUUCGAGUCUGGGCGGCGAUGAGAGAAGCGAGAUAGCGUUUUUCGACCUUGAGACGGCGGUUCCGACCAAAUCAGGGGAGCCUUUCGCGAUUUUGGAGUUUGGGGCCAUCUUAGUUUGCCCAAGGAGGCUAGAGGAGCUCUAUAGUUACUCCACUUUGGUUCGACCUACUGAUCUUUCCUUAAUCUCUACGCUCACAAAGCGACGUAGCGGCAUUACGCGCGACGGAGUUCUCUCUGCACAUACAUUCUCUGAAAUCGCCGAUAAGGUCUAUGACAUUCUUCACGGUAAGGGAUUCUCUCUCUUCCUCGCUUUCUUUCUCACGAAGCUAAAAGUGUUGAUUUUGGUGUUUUUGUAGGACGAAUUUGGGCGGGACAUAACAUAAUUCGAUUCGAUUGUGUAAGAAUAAGAGAAGCAUUUGCAGAAAUUGGUCUCUCUCCGCCAGAGCCGAAAGCUACAAUUGAUUCGCUUUCAUUGUUGUCUCAGAAGUUUGGGAAGAGAGCUGGUGACAUGAAGAUGGCAUCACUUGCUACAUACUUCGGGCUAGGAGAUCAAGCUCACAGGAGCUUAGAUGAUGUCCGGAUGAAUCUUGAAGUUGUCAAGUACUGUGCAACCGUCUUGUUUCUGGAGUCCAGUGUUCCUGACAUUCUUACAGACAUGAGCUGGUUUUCCCCACGAAAAAGUCCCAGAACACGAAGUAAUGGGAAGUUAGUGGCUAAUGGAGUCAGAGAAAGCUCGACUUCUUCCUCCUCGAGUCCUAAAACUGAUCCGAGUUCCUCUUCCGUGGACGCCACAAUCGUCAAAAACCAUCCCAUCGUUUCUCUUCUUACGGAAUGCUCAGAAAGUGAUGCAUCAAGUUAUGAUAUAGAAGAUCCAAUUGAUAUAACCACUUUAAUAGGUAAACUACGUAUUGGAACUCUUCAGACGGAUGCUGCAGAAGAAGCGAAAACUGUAAGACAGCAGGAUGAAUCACCUCCAUCACCCGAUUCCGAUGCCAAAGAUGAAUCAUUUUUGGGUGUUAAUGAAGUAUCUGUUUCUAGCAUCAGGGCAAGUCUUGUCCCGUUUUAUCGUGGGAGCUUGAGAAUGAAGCUAUUUCACAACGACACCCCUCUGCAUCUGUGUUGGCAUAGCUUGAAAGUUCGGUUCGGAAUAAGCCGGAAGUUUGUGGAUCAUGCAGGUCGUCCAAAGUUGAAUAUUAUUGUUGACGCCCCUCUUGAUCUAUGCAAGAUCUUGGACGCAGUUGAUGCUGCUGCGCACAACUUACCAACUGACUCAAGCACAAACUCAGAUUGGAGACCCACUGUUAUAAGGAAAGAAGGCUUUGCCAACUAUCCCACAGCCAGACUGCAUAUAAGCUCAGAAUCCAACGGAGAUGAUACCCUGUGUGGAACGCAGGUAUAUCAAAAAGAAGAACCUUUGGGAACCAAUCAAAAGCUCGAUGUCAGUAGCGAUAACUUGGAAAAGCUUGAGUCAGCAUUACUUCCCGGUACUCUGGUUGAUGCAUUCUUCUCACUCGAGCCUUACAGUUAUCAGCAAAUGGCAGGGAUACGUCUAGCAGUCAAAAAGUUGGUGAUCCUCCUGAAAAAGUGAUCUAGCUGAGGAUGAAUCAUUAAUCUGUCUAUUCCUGGUCAGUCGGUGAGCACUUCUGGUCAUUCCCAUCUUGUAGAUGCAUGUAAUAUUAAGGAACUUAGUCUAUACUAACUCGUGAGCGAUUUGUAGCUACGAAGAAGGAAAUUAGUAUGUUAAAUGAUCUGUCUUGUAUCGUUCAAUGUAACAGGCAUCCUUAUUCCACAGUCUAAUAUUAUGGAUUCUC